AUGCCUCAAGCGAAGGCUAGCCUGUUCCUGCAGGAUAAUCACAAUCUGAAAUUCCAGACUCAUCACAGCGCCACAUCUAAUAAUAAUGACAAGCGUCCACGUCAACCGCUCGGUGAAGCAUUUGAUCUCAGCUCACUAAGUGCUGACUUACCCCCAAACACAGGUCCACCAGGCACAGUUUCAGUCACUAAUGGACCAUCUUCAAAUGCAAGUAAAAAUUUGAGUCAUGUACCCUGCAAGUUUUUCAAACAAGGAAACUGCCAAGCUGGUGAUUCAUGUCCCUUUUCUCAUAACGUUGAAGGGGCGUUGGCUGCUGAUAAAUUGCCUUGCAAGUACUUUUUGCGAGGAAAUUGCAAAUUUGGUUUAAAAUGUGCCUUGGCUCAUUACUUACCUGAUGGAACAAGAGUUAAUGCAAAAAACAUCUUGGCCAGUAAUGGAAAUAACAACGGUGCUGCCUAUUCUAACCACAGCUACGGAUUAAAACACCAAAAGUAUGGCAACAGCGAAGCUACAAGCUAUAGUGGCCAUGUCAAUCAAAGAAAAAACUCACCUGAAUAUGAGUAUGGUAGAAUUACAAGACCAAUUGAGGAUCUUACUCCUAGAUCGCGCUACACCAGUGUAUCACCACCUGACUCGCAUUCAGCAGGCAUUGCCUCUCUUCUGAAUGCUGGAUAUUACAAUAGUUACCAGGUAAAGCAACAGCCACAACCGUCGCAACCGCCACAACAGCAGAACCAGUACCAACAGCCAGUAUUUCAACAAUUUGGGCAACAACAACAACAACAACAGCAACCACAGCAACCACAGCAACAGUUAUACCCAUUUCAACAACAACAGCAACAACACUAUCCUCAACAACAAGCACAACCACGCAAUAUUUCCCACCAAGAGGCUCCAAUUUCCUUCAAUACUCUUACUGACGACAGUCUCGCCAGAUUUACCAAACAACCACAACACGAACAUCCCACACCGCCCAGGCAAGAACCACUUAGUUGGUCCCCAGUUGCGCAUUACGCAAAACCAGCUGACUAUCUGUAUACACAAUGGGGAUCUCAACAAAAGAGAACUGACUCGCAUCACCAACCACAUAGUUUGGGAUCAAACUCUUUCUCAAAUACGUUUACUGACGGCCCCGUUUUCAACACGCCAACGACUAAGCCACAAAAUAACAUUCGUCGUUCUUAUUCCACAGGUGGACAAUAUCCAACUAUAAGAACAGCACAUUCGCCACCACAACUGUCAACGGUAUCGGGAAUAAACAUCCAGUCUUCAACCCCAUCUGCCACCACGCCAUCAUCACGAUUCUCAUUCAGCUCUGGAGCCUCAACUGCACUUUCGCAAGUUAACGAUUACAGCCUACCAGUUAAAGCAAAUAUCUCGCUGUAUCUGUACCAGAAUAUCUCAUUAGCCUCACCAGUGUUCGACGAUGAGGAGGGGGUGGAAGUGGAAGAUAAAUUUGUUGCAAAGCGUAACGAGGAUUUCGAUUACUCCCUUCCAAUGCAUCAAAGUAAUGCCAACGGUGUGUUUGAAGAAGAUUUUUUACCUAGCUCAUUAGCUGAUGUGGUUUUAUCACCCCAGGAGUUGAAAAGACGUGAUUCGAGAUCCCAAAGUGGCACAUUGAACAAUAGGCCAAGUUUGCGUGCGUUGCUUGAAGAAACUGGGUAUACGGGAGCUAAUGAACCGGAAAAUGUUUUUCUUAUGGAGUGA